AUGGCACUUCUCCCGAAGAUGCUCGUCAUCCUUCUUAUUCUCGUCGUUCUCAAAGAGACUGCUGCCGUGCGUGGCGCUCUUUUCCGCUCCGGACGAGCUGUUCCGUUUGAGCGUGUUCCUGGACAACAGAAAACCGCGCCAGUAUGUCGAGAAGUGGAGCUCUACGUCCCAUGCCUCUUCACAUACAACCGUAACUGUGUCAUCGACAAAAUCUGUGUUCACGAGUCCCCGGUGGCCACUCAGACCACCCCAAUUUCUUUAACAACCACCCCGAAUUCGAAACGAGAAGGUCAUCGCGACUCGUUGAGCUUGUUCGGCCCGCCUAGAGGAAAUGACUUUUUGCGCUUCGGAAGAGCCGGCAUGGCUUCUGGAGCCGGUGGCACAUCGGACGCAAAUGGGGCACAAGAUGAGAUGAAAGCGUCGUUUCUGAGAAUCAACGGAGAACCGGAGAUCAUUUUCCAAUAA